AUAUGCUUCUUUCUUGAAUCAAAUUAACAGUUCAUACCUUAAUAGAAUAAGAAUUGGGCCUUCAGAAAAUGGCUCAACCUCUCACACAAUCACAUCCUCAACCAACCAAAACAAAAAGUUCAAUUCUGCUUCGUUACAUUGCCAUAAUCAUUUUGGCCUUAAUAAUCCUUGUAGGUAUAGCUGUACUCAUAAUUUGGUUAGUUUUGAAACCAAAACACUUGCAAUAUAGUGUAGAAAAUGCUUCAAUUCACGAUUUCAAUUUAACUGAUGCAAAUCAUCUCUAUGCAAACUUUGAUUUCACUAUAAGAGCAAACAAUCCUAAUUCCAAAGUUUCAUUUUACUAUGAUUCUGUCGAGGUUUCGGUGCGUUACGAGGAUCAAACAUUAGCAACAAAUGCGGUUCAACCAUUUUUUCAACCACAUAAGAAUGUGACUAGGAUGCAUGUGAGACUAACUUCUCAAACUGUGGCUUUGUAUGAUUCUGUUCCAAAAGAUCUUAAGCUUGAGAAAUCUUCAGGGGAUAUUGAGUUAGAUGUUUUGAUAAGGGCAAGGAUAAGGUUUAAGGUUGGAAUGUGGAAGUCAAAACAUCGUAUUUUGAAGAUUUUUUGUUCUCCUGUUUUGGUCAACUUUUCUAAAGCUAAGAGUUUUGAAAGGGCUUAUUGUGAUGUAGAAAUGUAAACAAACAAGCCUUAUGAAGCAAAGCAACACUCUAACACAGCCUCAGAUUAAUGUCUCUAUCUUUCUAAGUGUUAUUACUAUUUGUUUUUGUUUUUGUUUUUUGUUAAUUUUCUGAUAUUCUUUUUUCUGUUUUUCGUGAGUUUGUUGUUGUUAGAUUGAUGAUAUGAUUCUUUUGUCGGUUUAUUGUUUGGUUUUGGUUUUAUUGCAUUCAAAAUUGAAAAAGUUGUGUGGACAAUUGAAAGAAAAAGUAAAAUUGACUAUUUAUUGGUGUUUUUUUUCCACAAA